AUUUGAUACUGCAUUAAAUACGAAUCAAGCAUAGAAAACUGAUGAAAAUAAAAAUUCAGGUGUUUUACAUUCAUUAGUUAUAUUUUGUCGACGAUUUACAUAGAACGUUGAUGUCACUAAAAAAUUCAUUGUAAAGGGAUCAAAUCUUUAUGUCGUUUGCUGAUGAGACCUCCAUGGCUAAGAUGGGGGCCAAAAAACAGAAACAAAAAACGACGAAAAAUGGGGGGAUGUUUGAUCCGAUGUCGGUGACGUGGUUGGAAAAACACGAUGAAUUCGUUUCGGGGAUAUGGCGAAAAAUACCUUACAAUGUUGGUCAGGUGAUCGCUACAGUGGCUACAUUUUUGGUAGGCAUAUCUAUAAAUGGUGAUUGGGUCAAUCUAUUUGUACAUAUAAGAAAACAAUUUGGAUAUAACUCACCCGCGCUUAGCAACAGGACAUCCUAUUUGUCGGGAUAUACAUUAGAAGAUCUGAAAUUACAAAAUUUCCUAACCUUUUGGAUUCCAUCGUGUAUAAUUUCUUAUUCGAUAUAUUUUGGAGUUGGAGGUUUUUUACAUUGGUAUUAUUAUGUACGUCAAAGAGACAAACCAGAAGAAUGGAAAUGUCAACCGAAAAAGUGGCUUAGUCCUGAACUGGAAAGGCACGAAAUUAUUUUAGGAUCUAUUACAUUGCUUUUUAAUUUCACUGUAACAGCAAUUUUGGCUUGUUAUCUUUCUAAUGGCGGUUGGAGUAUGGUUUACUACAAAUUAGAUGAAUAUGGUUGGUUAUGGUUGAUUUUGCAAUUUCCUGUUGUAUAUGUUAUUUUGGAUUAUGAAAUAUAUUGGAUACACAGAAUUUUUCAUUUUCCAUUUCUGUACAAACAUUUUCAUAAAUUACAUCACAAAUACAAGCAACCUACGGCAUUUUCUGUUACUGCGAUUCAUCCAGUAGAAUCAGUUACUAUCCAGGUAUUGGUUGUUUUAAUACUGUUCGUGAUACCUCUACAUUGGUUUCCAUUUUACGCUGUUGCCAUUUACAACUAUUAUCACGGAAUAAUCGAUCAUUCUGGAAUUAAUUUCAAAGCUUAUUGGUGGCAACCAUGGCAACCGGAUGCAAUCUUCCAUGACAAUCACCAUCAGUACUUCCACGUUAAUUUUGGGUUUAACUUGAGCAUAUGGGACAAGAUCUAUGGAACUCAUAGGGUAAAAGACCGCGUCUACAGAGAAAAUACUUUCUAUGGUCGAGGAAAAUUGAUCAGCGAACUUAAUGAAGCCGAACUUCAAGAAGAAAUUGAAUUGCGGGAUCAUGAGAAUCCUCUGGCUUAUAGAAGUAACACAAACGAAAAUGAAUUAAGCGCAGUGGAACUUAAGAAGCUGAAAUUGAAAAAAUGACAAAUUUUUUAAUCAGAAUUCAAUGAAAUACUCAGAUAUAUUACAAGAAGGGACUGUUUAAGUAUAUUUUGAUAAUUUUUACAUUGAAUAUGAAUAUAUAUAUUUAAUUAUUCUUUUUACCAAUAUUUUAAUGCUUCAGUGAAUGGAGCAAUAAAAAUAAGAAGAAAUAAAUGUUAUUUAUUGUAAGUGUAUUCCGAUUUUUCACUCAUUUGUUUUAGUCAAUAAAUUAUCUUAAUAUAAAGGAUGUUUCUUUAAUG